AUGUAUUCACAGAGAAAAAAUGAAAAAUCAAGUUCUGAAUCAGAUGACGAUUAUGUCCCAUACGUACCAAUUAAACAAAGAAAAAAACAGCAGAUGCAAGCUAUUGAGAAGAAACUGGGUCGAACAGUUGCGACUAUAAAACAAGAAGAAGAGAAAAAAGAAAGUACAAAUGAUGAAGAAGAAGUUGAAGAAGAUCCAGAAUCUUCUGUGGGUCCAAACGCUCAUAUCAGUUUGUUAGAUCAACACAGUGAACUCAAGAAGAAAGCAGAAGCUAAGAAAGAAACAGCGAGAGAAAAGUUGUUAAAAGAAGAAGAAAAGAUUCUAGAGAGUGUUGCUGAGAAGAAAGCUUUAAUGGGCGUGGCUGAGUUAGCAAAGGGUAUACAAUAUGAAGAUCCUAUUAAAACUGGAUGGAGACCACCAAGAUACAUUAUGAACAUGCCAGAAUCCAAACAUGAAAAACUCCGCAAGAAAUGGCAUAUACUGGUAGAAGGUGAUGACAUGCCUCCACCCAUCAAAUCAUUUCAAGAGAUGAAAUUUCCUAAACCAAUAAUUACAGCUUUAAAAAAGAAAGGAAUCAACAAGCCAUCACCUAUACAAGUCCAGGGGAUCCCUGCAGUGUUAUCAGGAAGAGAUAUGAUAGGGAUAGCCUUCACAGGAUCUGGUAAAACAUUAGUCUUUACAUUACCUAUCAUCAUGUUUUCACUUGAACAAGAGAAACGACUACCAUUUAUGAAAGGAGAAGGCCCUUAUGGUCUGAUUAUCUGUCCUUCUAGAGAAUUGGCAAAACAGACAUAUGAAAUAAUAAAUUUUUAUGUAAAACAUCUAGAAAAUGAUGGAUAUCCACUAUUACGUACCGCAUUGUGUAUGGGAGGUAUGGCUGUUAAAGAACAACUUGAUGUUAUUAAGAGAGGUGUACAUAUAAUGGUAGCUACCCCAGGAAGGUUAAUGGAUAUGUUAGAUAAAAAGAUGAUUAAUUUAGAUGUAUGUAGGUAUCUCAGUAUAGAUGAAGCUGAUAGAAUGAUCGAUAUGGGAUUUGAAGAAGAUGUCAGAACAAUUUUCUCUUAUUUUAAGGGACAAAGACAGACAUUGUUAUUUUCAGCUACUAUGCCAAAGAAAAUUCAGAAUUUUGCUCGGAGUGCUCUAGUAAAACCUGUAACAGUAAAUGUUGGAAGAGCGGGUGCUGCUAAUCUAGAUGUUAUACAGGAGGUGGAAAAUGUCAAACAGGAAGCUAAAGUUGUAUAUUUAUUAGAGAGUUUACAGAAGACAGCUCCACCUGUGUUAGUAUUUGCAGAGAAGAAACAAGAUGUAGAUGCUAUACAUGAAUAUUUAUUAUUGAAAGGUGUUGAAGCUGUAGCUAUCCAUGGAGGAAAAGAUCAAGAAGAAAGAAGUCGAUCUGUAGAUCAGUUUAGACAAGGAGAGAAAGAUGUAUUAGUAGCUACUGAUGUAGCAUCUAAAGGUUUAGAUUUCCCCAAUAUACAACAUGUUAUUAAUUAUGAUAUGCCUGAAGAUAUUGAAAAUUAUGUACAUCGUAUUGGGCGUACAGGAAGAUGUGGUAAAACUGGUUUAGCUACAACAUAUAUUAAUAAAUCUAUUGAUGAAUCAAUACUGUUGGAUUUGAAACAUUUAUUAAUGGAAGCGAAACAGAAGGUACCACCAUUCUUAUCAUCUUACGUAUCUGAAAGUGAAAAAUAUCUUGAUUUGGGAGGUGAAGUUGGAUGUUCUUACUGUGGUGGUUUGGGUCAUCGUAUUGCUGAUUGUCCUAAAUUAGAGGCCAUGCAGACCAAGCAAGCUCAGAACAUUGGACGAAGAGACUAUUUGGCCAAUAGCAGUGCUGAUUGGUAG